AGUUAAAACUUUAUAGUAUUUCAAAGCGAUAAGACCAACGAACACAUUUUCCCUUCGUACUUCACAAACAAAACGUUUGUUCGUUUCAAAGAAAAGUGCGUUCAUACUCCUUAUCAAAUUAGCUCUCUAGCUUUACACGGUACGCGAUUCCUUCGACCCCAGUCCAUUCGUCAAGAGCCGCAGCGCCUCUACAGCAAUCAUGACGAUUGAUGCGCGGCCCACCUCCCCGCGGCCGCUGAAGGCCACCGCCUCUUCUCGUGCCCAGAGUGACGAGGACAACUACGAGCAGCAGCAGCAGCGAACGGCCGAGAACGGUGUCUUCAAGCGUGUCGCCGCCUCCCUGCAAGCGCAGCGCACCGUGCAGCCCGUGAACGACCUCGCCGAUAACAUGAAGCCCUCCCGCUCGACCAAGCGGUGCCUUCGCCUAUCCAUCGGCGACCCGACCGUCGACGGCAACCUCAAGACGCCCGAAAUUGUCAUCGACGCCGUCGUCGACGUCGUGCGCUCGGGUGACUUCAACGGCUACCCGCCGUGCGUUGGCGCGGACAACGUGCGUCAGGUUGUGACCGACUACUGGCGUCGCUUCUGCCAGACGAAGAACCGCAAGGAGGCGGUGCACUGGGAGAACGUGAUCAUCACUUCCGGGGUGUCGCACGCCAUCAUGCUGGCUCUCACUGCCCUGUGCAACGAGGGCGACAACGUUCUGAUGUGUGCACCGUCCUUCCCGCACUAUAAGAGCGUGUGCGACAGCUACAACAUUGAUUGCCGCUUCUACAACCUUGACCCGUCGAAGCACUGGGAAUGCGACUUGAACCAAGCGGCCGGCCUCGUUGACGACCGCACAAAGGCGUUCAUCAUCAUCAACCCGUCCAACCCGUGCGGCAGCAACUACUCGCGCGCCCACCUGAACGAGAUCAUCGAGUUCUGCCAGUUCCGCCAGCUCCCCCUCAUCAGCGACGAGAUCUACGCGGAGAUGGUGCUGCACAACGGCAUCUUUACCUCCAUUGCCGACUUCGACACUAACGUGCCGCGUCUGGUGCUAGGUGGGACGGCCAAGUACCAGGUAUGCCCCGGCUGGCGCGUGGGUUGGUCCCUCCUGAUCGACCGUCUCGGUGUGGCCAGCGAGUGGAUGGACGGCAUGUCGCGUCUGUCGCAGCUCUUCUCGGGGGUGAACUCCCUCUGUCAGGAGGCGAUUGCGCGGACGCUGCUGGACUGCCCACCCGCGAACACGGAGCACCUAGUGGCGCAGCUGGAGGCAGGGGCGAAGGUGUACAACCGCCUGCGAGAGCACGACAUCGGCCUCACCUUUGACCCCCCGCACGCCUCGAUGUUCGUGAUGCUGAAGGUGAACUUCAGCUACUUCAAGGACAUCGCGUCGGACAUGGACUUCUACGAGAAGCUGCUGGAUGAGGAGAACGUGCAGGUGCUGCCGGGCGAGAUCUUCGGCAUGACCGGCUUCAUCCGCGCGACCGUUUCGCGCCCGCCGCCGGUGCUGAACGAGGCGGUUGACCGCAUCAUCGAGUUCUGCGAACGCCACAAGAAGUAA